AUUAAAGACCGCGUCAGUAAGAAAAGAACAUUCAGCGUUGAUGACUUGAAGUUGAAACGAAAUCUCCUCCACAUGGAAGUUGAAACGAAAUCUCCUCCACAUGGAAGGUGGUAGGAAACUGCUUCGUCAAGCCCGCAUAAAUCUAACCGGAGCGCCACUGCCAUACCCAAUUCUUUGAGCUUCUCCAUACUUCUAAUUGUCUCACUCCUCCUAUCUAUGACAACUCAACCAUUCUCUUCUUCUUCUUUCGCUCAUGAUUCUUCAUGGACAUAUGAUGUGUUCUUGAGUUUUAGAGGUAAGGAUACACGCACCAAUUUUACGGAUCAUUUGUACAAGGCCUUGUGUGAUAAGGGCAUCAACACCUUCAUUGAUCGAGAGCUUGUAAGAGGAGAAGAAAUAUCGCCAGCCCUUGUCAAAGCAAUUGAAGAAUCAAGAAUUUCUCUCAUUGUAUUCUCUGAAAAGUAUGCAUCCUCGAGGUGGUGUUUGGAUGAACUUGUCAAGAUCCUUCAAUGUAAACAAUCAAAACAACAAAUAGUUUUGCCCAUUUUUUACAAGGUGGAUCCGUCGGAUGUGGGAAACCAAACAAAUAGCUUUGGUUACGCAUUUGAAGAACUUAUUGAAAGCAAAUUCAAAGAUAACGAGGAGAAGGUGCUCAUAUGGAGGGAAGCUCUUAAAAAAGCAGCAAAAUUGUCCGGUUAUCCUUUCAAGGAUGAAGAGUAUGAAACUACAUUUAUCAACAACAUCGUUGAUGAAAUCAUAAGCCGAGUACUGAGACGCACAUGUUGGAAUGUGGCCAAGCACCCAGUUGGAAUUCAAUCUUGUGUACGAGAUGUGGAAAGGCAUUUAGAUGUUGGUGGGAAUGAUCGUCGCAUGGUUGGGAUAUGGGGGACAUCUGGAAUAGGCAAGACAACAAUUGCAAAAGCUAUGUGGAAUGCAAUUGCACAUAAAUUUGAAGGAAGUUGCUUCUUGUCAAAUGUUAGAGAUAAUUCAAUGUCAGAUGGAGACUUAAUCAAGCUACAGGAGGCUCUUCUUCAUCAAAUUCUUGGCGUAGAAUGGAAAAUUCGUAGUGUUGAUGAAGGAAUUGGUGUCAUAAAAGAACGGUUGAGCCAUAAAAAAAUUCUCUUAAUUCUUGAUGAUGUGAAUCAAUUGAAGCAAUUAGACAAUUUGGCUGGUGUUGGUUGGUUUGGUGAGGGAAGUAGAGUCAUUACAACUACGCAAGAUAGGGGAUUGCUAGAACGUCAUGGAAUUGAUUCGAUAUACGAAGUCCAAAUGUUAUAUGACGACCGAGCUCUUGAGCUUUUCAGUUUGAAUGCCUUCGGAAAAAGUGAACCUCCAAAUGAUUAUUUGGAACUCACAAAACGAGCAAUAGCCUAUGCUCAAGGCAUUCCACUAGCUCUAACACUUUUAGGUUCUCAUCUUCGUAAUAAAGACAAAGAUCGUUGGCAAGAUAUAUUAGACAGUUAUGAAGGAGAACCAUAUACAGGUAUUCAAAAAAUACUUCGAAAAAGUUAUGAUGCCUUGGAAUAUUCCGUGCAACAAGUUUUUCUAGACAUUGCAUGUUUCUUCAAGGGUGAAAAGAAGGAAUAUGUGCUACAGAUAGUAAGCAAUUCUAAGAACAAGGUCUCCCGAGAUUGUAUUGAAGUACUCAUUGAGAAGGCAAUGAUAACUAUUGACUAUGGUAGGAUUCAGAUGCAUGACUUACUUGAAAAACUGGGCAAGGAUAUAGUUUAUGAAGAAUCCCCCAAUGAUCCUGGUGAGCGUAGUAGAUUGUGGUCACCUGAGGAUGUCUACUCUGUUCUAACGGAGAAAAAUAGAGGAACAAGAAAAAUUAAGGGCAUCAUGCUGAAGUUUUCCGAACCAGAUGAGAUACGCUUGCAUUCAGAAUGCUUUGUUGGGAUGAUAAAUCUUGAAAUUUUCAUAAAUCGUAAUGUAUUUCUGUCUGGUGACGUUGAAUAUCUGCCCAACGAGUUGAGGUUGAUUGAUUGGGGGGGUUAUAGAUGUCAGUUACAAUCUUUGCCAUCCGAGUUUCAUCAAGUACAUCUUGCUGACUUCAAUAUGCCUGGCGGUAGUGUCAAACGAUUGGGGAAAUUUAAGUGGUUGUCAAUUCUUAGAAAAAAUUCCUGACUUAUCCGGAAUCCCAAACAUAAGGGACUUGAAUCUAACUGACUGUACAAGUUUGGUUGAGGUUGAUGAUUCUGUUGGACUCCUUGAUAAACUUGUUCGAUUGAAUCUUGAACGAUGCGGUAGGCUUACGAGGUUUGCAACAAGACUUAGAUUGAAAUCCUUAAAAAUACUUUGCCUUAAUUAUUGCGAAAGUUUGGAGAGUUUCCCAGAAAUAGAGGAGAUGGAAUCACUAUUGUUUUUGGACAUGCGAGGAAGUGGCGUAAGAGGAUUGCCUUCAUCAAUCAGCAAAUGUGUCAACUUGCAUGAACUUAACUUGCGUGAUUGCAAGAAUCUUCGAGAAAUUCCAGAACAAGCGAUUCCACCAUCAGCACCUUUAGUACUCAUUGAUUCCUGCCCAUCAUUGGAAAAAAUUCCAAAAGUGUCUUGGGUUUCGCUGGAUUUGGAGAAAAUUCCAGAAAGGCCACCGGGGAAAGAUGACAAAAUAAAGCUGCGGUUGUACAAUUGCGUUAGACUACGAGGCAACGACAUCACAGAAAAUAUUUUCCUGAAUCAGGUUUCUGUUUAUCCACUUUCUCAUUACAUCAUUCAUCUUCCAGGCGAUGAAGUUCCAGAGUGGUUCAGCUGUCGUAAAGAUGGAAUAAUAGUUAGACCUUAUUUUGUUACACGUCCUGGAACAAAGAAAUACCAUGGUGGAUGUGAAGUUAGUUUUGAAAUUCCUCCAAAUUUAAAAUGGGAGACGUUAAGAUUGGUUCUAUGUGUUGCUGGUAGUGGUGCUGAUGCCAAGAUUCUUGUCAAUGGAAAACUCGUAAAUUCGGGUAUUGUUGGUACUUCCGAAUAUGAUAGUCAUGUGGGGUUCCGUUGUAUUCCAUUAAUGAAUCGCAAGUUAGGAGAACCACCGAGGUUGAAGCAGGGCAAUAUCUGUCAAGUUAUAUUUGGCUUGAAGCCAGGGUACACACCCGUUGAAAUAUCCUGCGGGGUCCACCUGUUAGGCCACCAGGUUUAUCUCCGUGAGACUUAUGGGAGGCAGUGGUUGGCAGAUUUGAGCGCAGAGACAAUUGACAGAGGAGGGGCGAAUCACCUAAUGAGGAGGCACACUGAUCUUAAUGAGGAGCCAAAUGGUUUAUGUGAGCCCUAGGGUGAACUACCGAAACGUACCAAAUUUCCGGGCAAUGGUAUGGUAAUCAAGAGGUGUGUUGCGGCGCCAGCAGUUUCUGAGAUUCCAUUUUAAGUUGCAUAAGGUAAUACCUUUCUUCUCAAUUGAUGCAUCCAGCAUUUAUCAUCGGAUAAACAAACCCCGAUUUAUGUAAUGCUUUCAUUCCACACAUAUACUUUGUCUAUGAUUCAUCUAUCUCAUUCAUUGGAAUUGAUGUAUGUCGGGGAUGAAAUGUAACAGAUUUAUCUAUUUCAUAAUUUUCAAUCAAGGUUUGUUGAAAA